UGGGAUUGACUCCAGCUUGUCCUGUGACCGUGAGAAGGGUAGAGUAGAAGGUGGAUGGAUGAAUUAAUCUAGUCCCAUGUCCCAUUGGUCAGAAACAUCCGACAGGUUUUGAAGGCACCACCUCCUCCUUCACUGCCUCUUCCCCUCCCUUCCUUCUCCCUCUCUCUCCUCCACAAUGGGCGUGGCUCUACAGCAGGACAUGUGAUUGGUGCAGAGGACAGUGUGUGCGUGUGUGUGCAUGUGCUGCGCUGACCAGACGAGGUGAUGAUGAUGAUGAUGCAGGGAACUGAAGAAAGACUGCACCUCAUUACUGAGAAGAGGAAGCUGCAGACAGAGGUGGAGAACAAGCGACGUCAGCUGGAGGAUGACAGGAGAACUCUGCAGCACCUGAAGUCUCAGGCAGUGAGGGAACAGUGGCUGCUGGACGGAGCCUCCUCUGCUGGUCCAGACCAGGACCAAACCAAGACCAGGAACCUGGAGGCCACCAUCAGCAGGUUGGAGCAGGAACUGGUCAGUCUGGAGACUGGAACACACACCAGUGUGGCACCAGGACUAAUCAAAGAGGCAGAGGUCAAAGGUCAGGACGCUAGGCCUACAUGUCACAUCUUCCAAGAGGUCAAAGUUCACACCAGCUCUCAGAUCAACCAGCCAAUAGAAUGUGCAGAACAACUGAAGAGAGCGGUGUACUCAGUGGAGAUCACUGUAGAGAGAGACAAGUCAACUGGAGAGACUCGGGUUUUGUCCACUAACACCAAACUUCCUGUCGACCUGUCUUACCAUGGGAUCAAAGUUUACGAGGACGAGCAGAAAGUGGUCCAUGAGAUGAACGGUGAAGACGGCGGUCACCAGCUCAGUUGCUCUGAAGUGGAGGAGCUCAUACACAAGGCUGACGAAGCGUCGAUGAUGUCACAGACAGUCGACACCGUGUCCUCACUCCCGGCAGCUGAGGUGCAGGAGGAGGAGGGGCUGGUGAGGGAACCCCCCAGUCUGAGUCAGAAAUCCAUAUUUCCAGUAGAGAUUCCAGGACUGGAGGCUAGACCAGCCCCUGAGUCCAGUGUAGCUGAGGCCAGCACCGAGAACCCAGUCACCAUGGUGUUCAUGGGAUACCAGAGUGUGGAGGACGAGGCGGAGACCAAGAGGGUCCUGGGUCUGCAGGGCACGGUGAAGGCCGAGCUGGUUAUCAUUGACGAUGCCAACAACAAAACAUCAGCUGGGGGCAGGGACGAAGACAAGACCAGCGGUAGGGCUGGUACACAGGGUCUUCCUCCCCUGAUCUCCACCCCCCAACCAACGGCCACUAAACCCCCAGAGUCCAUGAUGGCAAAAACCAAGGAGGCCAUCAAAGAAAUGCCAAGAAAGUCUUUGGGGAACACCCCAAAGGACCCAGUGGGGAAGAGAGCCCAGGACCCCCACGGGGACUGUGGGGGGGACCCAAUUGGGGAAGCAACUAGCGAGGUGGUGAAGAUAAAAAAAGAGAAGCAGCCCUGCAAGUGCUGCACCAUCAUGUAAUCCCUCUGCUUUAAAGUGGAAUCCAGGAACCAAUCCAGUAUGGAGACCAAACACCAAAACCUCUGAGCUCCACCCACUGCCCUAAGCCCCGCCUCUAACACGAGGAUGUCGUUUUUCGGCUUCCUGUGGCUGCGCUGCACUUGUAUAUCGAGUCUGUUUAACUUUUCUACUGAUCGUGGCACUAACUGACACAACUGCUAAUUGUUAGCAUCAGUAUCAGCGUUACCUUUGACAGUAGCAUGAGCCUCUGAGUUAGCAUUCAUGUUAGACUUAGCUUAAAAAAUGAUCAAAUGCUUCAUUGUCCGCAUUCGAGUUCAUCAAAGUGUCAGCGUUGUCAGCACUAGUAUGAACUGCAACGUUAGCUGUGUCUGCUGAGUCGUUCAAUAAAAAUGUGGAAACAAAUUCAAAUCUCCAGGAUUU